CUGUGGGUGGCAUGUGACAAACACAUCAUUUUAACACCCAUUUUACAAGUUUCAUGCUACACAAUGGAAAAGACGUCUGGAAAAGGAAUGAUAAAAUAUAAUUUCAACACCUAUUUUACAAAUAUUAUGAUACCAGCUAAAAGCUCUAGACUGUAGAAUAGAUAGCUGAAAAAGGAAAAACUUAAGUGCCAGGAAAAAUUAAUGCUGGAAGAUGAGAAGUUUAAGCGUGCUAGACUCUAAGGAAGAAGAGAGAAACAAAUAAGGUCUCCUAAGGUGUCUUAACAUAUGAUUCUACAAGAAACAAAAGAAAGAACUAAAUCGAAUGACAACAAAACAUGAGUCAAAUGUUUCCCAACCUAAUAUAAAAAGUAAUCAGCCAUGGUUGAAAAAUAUUUAUGCUACUCCUGUUGUGAAAUCAUUUAUUGCUGGUACAUUAAGUGGAACAUGCUCAACAGUGUUAUUUCAGCCUUUUGAUCUGGUUAAAACAAGACUUCAGAAGUCAGUUAAUAUAGGAUCCAAACUUGGAAUGAUUGCUGAGUUCAAAAAUGUUAUCAAGAAUGAAAAUGUUUCUGGACUUUGGAAUGGUUUAAUACCGUCAUUGUGGAGAUGUGUGCCAGGAAUAGGAUUAUACUUUGCCAGCCUUCAUUGGAUGAAAUCUACACUUGGGAAUACUCAGACACAUCCUGUAGAGUCUUUUCUGUUUGGAGCCUCAGCAAGAACUAUUGCUGGAAUAGUGGUUUUGCCUUUCACUGUUAUUAAAACUAGAUAUGAGAGUGGAGAUUUCAAGUAUAAUGGUAUUAUCCAUGCAAUCAAAUUUACCUAUGCUAAAGAAGGCCUUCAAGGUUUAUACAGUGGACUAGCUCCAACAUUAUUAAGAGAUGUUCCAUUUUCUGGCAUUUAUCUUAUGUUUUAUACACAGUUAAAAGCUCUUUCCUCAAAUAAUGUUGACACUUCCUCGUUAAUCAAUUUCACCAAUGGUAUUAUUGCUGGAACUUUCACAUCUUUCAUCACACAACCUGCUGAUGUCAUCAAAACAAACAUGCAACUCUAUCCACUAAAGUAUGGCAGAUUAAAAACAGUCAUUCCAUACAUAUACAGUAAGUGUGGUCUUUUUGGCUUUUGGAGAGGCAUUAUCCCUAGAUCUUUGAGACGUACAUUAAUGUCAGCUUUGUCUUGGACUGUUUAUGAAGAGGUAAUGAAAGUCUGUGAUGUUAAAACGUAAAUGAACUUCAAGCUCUGAAGAAGUUUUAUUCAAUUGUAUUAUACUUGUUGAUAUGAUAUUUACUCUAUGAACAGAAUUAAAGAAUAAUAGUAAAAGUAUAA